UCAGUUUGACAGUAGUCAGUCUGACAGUUGUACUAACUUAUUACCGUACUUAUUUUUAUAUAAUUUAUUAUACACAGAAAAUAAUAACAUAUUACACAAAACAGUAAAUUAGGUGGUACACAAACAUGCUGAAUUUGUCAAUACUUAGACAAUUCUCCAGGUUAUCAAUAUGCCCUCUCGCUAAAAUUCAACUCAACACUCGGAAUGUAUCUACAACAGCGGCAUUGCAGUUUAAAAUCACAGACCAGUUGUGGGCAGAACCAAUGAAAAAAAAGAAGAAAGUGGACCCAGCAAUUAUUAAAGCACGAGAGGAACGCCGUCGUAAGAAAAUUGAAAAGCAGAUUCGGCGGCUUGAGAAGAACGCCCGGCAGUUGAAGCCUAUCGACGAGAUGGAAGUUUCACUUGAUAUCAUCGACCAACUUGGAAAACGUAAGAGGCCUACGAUGCAGUUAUCACCAGCUGAGGCGGAGGCCCGUGCUUUACUUGAGAAAGAAUGGACCCGAUACAAAAGGGAAGAGUACAUGGCGAACAUAGCACAGAUCGACAGGAUUAUGGCCUCACAGAGGAGGGCCCUAGACAAGCUCUAUGAGGAAUCUGAAGAGUUGUAUGAUGAGGCUAUUAUGCCGGACCUUCAACUAAUACCGUACAGCAUCAACGGCCCCGUGGCGACACCACCGAUCAAGAACUACAAUUCUCCAGACGGUGACUAUAUCGACGUGUCCAAGAAAUGGGAUAAUUAGUUAAAAUUGUAUAUAGGUAAUGUUUAGUAUAUUAAAAUUAUGUUUGAAAA